UAUGGCGUGCACUGCAUGGGAGCUGCAUUCAAAUAACUUCAGGUCUUUGCCGUUAAAUCGUUAAAUGAUAAAUGAUAGAUAUGAAGGUAUAGGAGCUGGGUUAUCAUAAGUCAAUCAAUAACGAAAACCUGUAUAUCUUAUAUUACUAAACGAGCUCUUUAAAGAACAACAUGGCAUCCCCACGAUCUAAAGCUGCUGACCAAUUGAAAGAAUAUGCCACAGCCACAAAGAAUGGUGGAGCUCUUACCUCCAGCACUGGGGCACCAAUUGACCAGAAGUUGCAGUCAAUGACGGUUGGACCAAGAGGGCCAAUGCUUUUGCAGGAUUUUGCAUUCACUGAUGAGAUGGCACACUUCAACCGAGAAAGAAUUCCGGAGCGUGUUGUGCAUGCUAAAGGAGGAGGUGCCAAAGGGUAUUUCGAAGUCACCCAUGACAUCACAAAGUACUGCAAAGCUAAGAUAUUUGAAAAGGUUGGAAAAAGAACUCCACUUGCUGUUCGAUUCUCAACUGUGGGGGGUGAAGCUGGAAGUGCAGAUACUGCCAGAGAUCCUCGUGGAUUUGCAGUAAAAUUUUACACUGAGGAUGGUAAUUGGGAUUUGGUUGGUAACAAUACACCUAUCUUCUUCAUUAGAGAUCCCAUCUUUUUCCCAUCGUUCAUUCACACUCAGAAAAGAAAUCCUCAAACUCAUCUUAAAGAUCCAGAUAUGUUUUGGGAUUUCAUUUCACUUCGUCCAGAGACGACUCACCAGGUUGCAUUCCUGUUCAGUGACAGAGGAACUCCUGAUGGAUAUCGCCACAUGAAUGGAUAUGGAAGUCACACAUUCAAGAUGGUCAAUAAGGAUGGAAAACCAAUCUACUGCAAAUUCCACUUCAAGUGUGACCAAGGCAUCAAAAAUCUGAUGGCUGAUAAGGCAAAUGAACUUGCAGGGAGUGACCCAGACUAUGCCAACAGAGAUCUCUUCAAUGCCAUUAGCGAAGGAAAUUUCCCAUCAUGGACUUUCAAGAUUCAGGUGAUGACAUUUGAGCAAGCUGAGAAAUUGCCAUUCAACCCAUUUGACCUCACUAAGAUCUGGCCACAAGCUGAUUACCCCCUUAUUCCAGUUGGAAGAAUGGUCUUGAAUGAAAACCCGAAAAACUAUUUUACUGAUGUCGAACAAAUUGCAUUUGCUCCAAUUCAUAUGGUGCCUGGAAUUGAGCCAAGUCCUGACAAGAUGUUACAUGGACGUCUUUACUCAUACCCAGACACUCAUCGCCAUCGUCUGGGCACUAACUACAUGCAGAUACCGAUCAAUUGUCCAUACCGUGCAAGACUUGCUAACUAUCAACGUGAUGGGCCUCAGAAUGUCACAGACAACCAAGGCAACGCUCCCAACUACUAUCCUAACAGCUUCAAUGGACCCCAGGAUGGUGACGCUCGAAAAGAUACUCAACCUGAUUUGUCUGUGUACAGUGUGAGUGGAGAUGUGAAGAAAUACAGCACAAGGGAUGACGAUAACUAUUCGCAGGUGACAAACUUUUGGAGCAAAGUUCUUUCCGAACCAGAACGUCAGAGAUUGGCUGAAAACAUUGCUGGACAUUUGAAGGAUGCCCAAGGCUUCCUUCAGGAGAGAACGGUUGGAAACUUUUCCCAAGUACACUCUGACCUUGGAGGUCGCAUUCGCAAGAUGCUCGAUGAUUUCAAGAGCCAAGCUAAGAUGUAACUUAUGUUUGAAAAGAUUUCUCAUUAAGUGGAAUAAUGAUAUUAUAAUAUAAUGUACAGAAUGAUUCGAUUCAUUGGUAAUUUUUGUUUGUCAUUUAAUUAUUUUGCAAGACCCGUCUUGUGAUCUGACAAUAUACACUAUCAUGUUAAUACUUCAUAACAAUACCAGAACAAGCAUGUCUAAUACCCGAAUAUGUAAUUUUUUUUGAAAAAUAUUUUUGAAGCAUUGUAUGUUAGGUAUAUAUAUACUCUCCAAAUUAUCUGUCUUUUUUGUUUGGCGGUCUACAAUGUGGUCAAAAUAUCUAGUAUUUAGGUUUUUCACAGACUAUCCAGAGCAAUAAUAAUUGAUUUAUGCAGUAUUUUAGUGUAAAAUAUUUUAUGAUGUGCGUUGAAUUACAUGUUGCAGCGUAGGAAUUGUUUUCAGAUUUAUUUAUGUACAAAAAUCUAAAUCAACUUUUUAUAAUUUGUGUCAAAGAAAUAAUACAUCUAGACCUCAAAUUAGAUGUGCCUUCUUUUUAAAUAUCGUGAACAAUUUUAGCAUUCUAUUGCUGCUUUCAUCAGUGUUUUCACCAUAAUUUUCAAGUGGGAAUGUCAAAAUGAAUGAAAUGUAAUAAAUAACAUCAAUGCAGUA